GCCAUUUCACGUGGAACUUACCUAAGGAAGAUGGUGUCUUAGGCGAUCUAGAAGAUAGAGUGUGUCACCAGAUCGAAUCGGUAAACGCUGAGUGCAAAGCUACGAUGUACAACUUCUUGGCCUACAUAAAACACCUGCGUGGUCACCACGAGGCGGCGCUGGAGAGCCUGCGGCGGGCGGAGGAUCGGAUCUGGCGCGAGAACCAGGAGCAAGCGGACACCCGAAGUCUGGUCACCUGGGGCAACUUCGCCUGGGUCUCCUACCGCCUGGGCAGACACGCAGACGCGCAGAUGUAUGUGGACAAAGUAGGACGAGUGUGCAAGACGUUUCCACAUCACAACUGUACCGAGUGCCCACUGGUUUCUUCUGUGACCAGAGCUGCCUGGGGCCUCUGCAGGGCAGGUCCCUGGGAACUAUGGUCGUACCGCCUUGUGCUGACUCUGGUAGUUCCUGCUCGUCCUUGUUCCUAGCCAUCCGUACAUACUUUAGCUUUGCCAGUGUCUGGGUGUAGCAAAACCGAAGGAAGUCCUUUGCCUAGGGACCUGGAAGGCUCAGAAAGCUGGGUGCUCACCUGGCUCUUCCUUUCCCAGAGAGAACCCUUUCUGGCUGGGAGUUCCCUAUGGGCACUGAGCAGCACCAGCCAGGGCAGGUGGGAUCAGGGGGCAAAAUGAAGCUGUCCUCCUCUUUUUGAAAAGUUAUUCUCAGGGUUUUUUGGUUUUUGUUUUUGUUUUUUUCCCCCACUGUUGCUGAAUUUUGGUAAGUGGACACCUGAGCUUUGCUGGAGCUAUUUUUAUUCAUGAAUAAAGUGCCUAACUGUGGAUCUCACCUGGGGUAGGUGGGCUCCCCUACUUCACCAUCUUGGUCACAUCACUCUCCAACAGAAUUUUGUGUUUCAUUUUCAAAUAACUCCUAAUCAACUGCAAAACUGUCUGAUUCACAUCUAUUGAUUGAUAAAUGAACUUACGUAUUUUAUUUUUAAAUCUUACAACCACCCCAUAAAGUAGUUAGCGCUGUCAUUCACUUUUUAGUGAGGGAGAAACCGAGGAUUUUGGUAGUUAAGUCACCUGUGUAGACCCACAAAUGUGCUGAGUGGUAGAGUCUGGACCUGUAUGCAGACCAGACUGACUGAAGUCCACGCUCCUUGACGGUGUCUCACCGUCAAGACCCUGCAGCCCCAGCUCCUAUUGGACAGCCUUUAACAGCUCUCCUCAGUCACAGUCACCUCACUCCCUGGCAGAUGCAGCUGAAGAAGAGACCUUCUGAGAUGGAGGCCCAUACCAGGGAGCUCUCCUCAAAGAAAGCGACAGAGGCAAUCACAGCUCAUCUCCUGCUGGGUGCCAGUCCUCAUCCUCUCCCAUGCACCUUUUCCUCCACCUUGAAACAGCAGAUGCAUGGCACAGCCUAUCCUCAACGGCCUUUCUCUGAGGGUAAGUCCUGGGCAGGCUCAAAACUACACAUACUCAUAUGCCUAAUUGAGAAGCAUUUGGAGAUUGUGAACAUGGCCCACUGCAAUCCAAUUACAACUCUUUUUCUUUCUUUCUUUCUGACUACCAAAUUCCAUAGAGCCCAAAAGAACACAAACUUUCUAGUUCUCUGUCCAGAUCCAGGUGUCCAAAUGAUAAAGGCCAGAGCCUCUCAGCUUAGGAGGCUGGAGACAACAUGGAACCGCACAUGUACAGAGCAAAGAGCUGUGCCUUACCUUCCUGGUGUCAUCAGAGGUCCCAUUCUUUACAGUUCUAGAUUCAGUGCCCAUUAACCUCAAUGGUCCCUCCUUCUGAGCUGCCCAAAACAAUCUCUUCUCCCUGGAGGUGUUGUUUUUACAAUCCCUAAGGACAGGGUUUAAAAGUGGGCUUUAAUCAUAGCCUGUGUCUGUACUGACAUAAAACUACCACAAACAAAUGUAUAUCACAGAUACAUCAUUUAUGAACAUAGGUAAAACAUUUAAGAAAAGCUAAAAACAGAGGCUAACAAUUUAAAAAUGUCAUAUCCAUGAUCAUCAAGAUUUCUCUUGGGCUGCAAAAUACGUUUGCUUGGGAAAAUUAUAUAAACAUUAAAAAUGGAAAAACUCUAAAAAUAUAAUCCAAAAGAAGGCUACCUCCUCUUGGAAUUAACUUUAAGUGCAAACUCUGGCAUUUUUAUAAAGAGCACGAUGUUUUGUGACUAUCUCUUUACUGAAUAGUACAUAAUGAAAAUCUUUAUUGGUAAAUAUAUUUUAACAAUCUCUAAAAUUUCUCCCAUAUGCUCACGAUGAUAAUAUAGUUCAGAGGUUUAUGUGUUCAGAGAAAAAAAACCCUAGACAUAAACAAGAAAUGUAUAGUCUGUAUGAAGGAAACUUUUGAACUUCGGUGAAUAAUAAUUUAAAAGCUUCAAGUAAUAAAGAGGAACAAAUCAUUUUCCUAAAUAAAAAGAUGAAGUAUAUUAUGACACAAU